AUGUCAUCUACUACUACUACUUGUAAGAAUACUAUGAAAGUGACUUUAAUCGGUGCUUCCGGUGCCAUUGGUAUGCCUCUUUCAUUGUUGUUGAAGUUGAACCCUCUGAUCACGGAGUUGGCUCUUUAUGAUGUCCAUCAGGCUCGUAUACCCGUUCCUGGUAUUGCUGCUGAUAAUUCUCAUAUCAACACUCCGGCUAAGGUGAGAGGAUAUGUCGAUGCUGAGCAUCUCCCUGAGGCUGUCACUGGAAGCAACGUCAUCAUUGUAUGUGCUGGUAUUGCUCAAAAACCCGGUAUGUCUCGUGAGGAUCUCUUUGGUGUUGAUGCCGGUAUAAUGCGUGACAUCGCAACAACUUGUGCUAAAUAUGCCCCGAAUGCUAUGAUGUGUAUCAUGUCGAAUCCCGAGACUUCACUCGUUCCUCUCACUGCUGAGAUCUAUAAGAAGGCCGGAGUCUAUGACCAUGACCGAUAA